AUGGAGCGUGAACUUUGGGGCUUCUUCGACGGGUCCGAAAAGAAGCCACCUGCAAGCGCCUUGGAAUCGGAGAAAGGAGCACGGGAAAAGAAGGACAAGAAGGCGUUCUCGUUCCUCGUGUCGAAGCUCGGACUUCAACUCGUGCCGGUGGUGAGCUCGUGCAUCGACCUUGAAGGAGCUACACGUGAAGCUUGGAGGCGCCUUGAGAACAUCCACGUGUCGAAGUCUCUCCACGGCAAGUUGCAAGCGAGGAGGAACUUCUUCACCGUGCGCAUCAAGGAGAGUGAGCACAUGCGAGCGUACAUCAAUCAGGAAUGGUCAACCGUCAUCACCACUCUUGAAGGCACGCAAGCGACGUGGACCAAGGAGGAGGUGACGACGCGCCUCAUCAACGAGAAGAUGCGGCGGAACAUCUUGCCAGGCGACGCAACGAGUUCGGCUCACUUCACUCGUGGCGCGAAGAAGGGCGUUGUCAACUUCAAGCCACGGAAUGACCGUGGGCACACGAGUGGAGGCGCGGGCACGUCGAACACGCCACGUGGAGGACACGCCACCAACAACCGCGAGGAGCGGCGCGCGAACGUGGUGACUUCGGGAGAAGACACCAAGGAGUUCGUGUUCAUCGCGGGAGAAGGAGCGCUCGGCGGACUCGCAUGGCUUCUCGACACGGGGGCUACGCAACACAUGACGCCGAACGCGGACCUCCUCGAAGAUGUCUCGGCGGAUGCUCCUAUCAAGCGCGUGGUCUUUGGGAAUCAAGACUCACUUGAGGUAAAUGGACGCGGAACGUUGCGCCUCGCGGUGGACGGCGGUCCAAUGACGAUCAACAACGUGUUGGUUGUACCGGGACUCGACGCCAACUUGCUUUCCGUGUCAAAACUCACCACCAAGGGAGUGCGUGUCAACAUCGAAGGCGCGGUCAUGACCUUGAGCACGUCUUCCGGGCGCUUCAUCGGCAAGGCGCAUCAAGACGGCGGACUCUUCAAGCUCGUGGCUACACCGAACCUUGCGUCGGCGAACGCGGCGGUGGCGAAGCCUUCCUUGGAGGUUUGGCACAACCGCUACGGGCACUUGAGUGUGUCAACCAUCCGCACCAUGGCAACCCAAGGCGUGGUGCACGGGAUCGUCGCGGACUUGUCAACGAACGAGGAGGUGGAGAAAUGCUCGGCGUGUCUUGAAGGGAAGAUGGCAAGGAAACCAUUUCCAACUCGCACGAAGCCGCUCGCCUCCAACCCGCUCGAUCUCGUCCACACCGACUUGUGUGGACCUAUCACCCCUACCUCGAAAGGGGGAGCACGCUACAUUCUCACCUUCCUUGACGACACUACACGAAUGGUGUGGGUCUACCUUCUCAUGGACAAGAGCGCGACUACUAUGACAAUUAAGAAAUGGGUGGCGCUUGUUGAGACGGAGAAGAACGGACAACUCGUGAAGCGGAUUCGGUCGAAUGGAGGAGGAGACGGCGAGAAACCGGACGUCUCCAACCUUCGCACGUUCGGUUGCAUUUGCUACUACCACGUUCCCGAUGCUACACGCACCAAGCUUGAGGCGAAGGCGCGUGUGGGGAUGUACUUGAGCCAUAGCCUUGAUCACAAGGGAUGGCGGGUGUGGGAUUUGGAGAGCGGAAAGGUGGUGGUGUCGCGGGACGUCACAUUCUUGGAAAACCGCUUCCCAACUCCACCAAAUGAGAAGCAUUCGGUCGUGGUCAUCCCUCCAACGGUUGAAGACACGAACGAGGCAUCUUCUCAAGACGUUCCCGGGGAGAGAAGUGUUCAAGAUGAGGAGGGAGAUGUUGUUGAAGUGGUUGGAGAGGAGAGUGAGAAGGAUGGUGGUCCUUCUACCGCCGUUACUCCAACACUUGCAUCUACUCGCACUCGACGAGCUCCUCACCCGAACUCGAAGUACGCCGACUACUCAAUGGUGGUGGAGGAUGAUGAGGAAGGGGGAGAUGCCAUGUGCUUCAUGGCCGACUUCACACCUACCACCUACCGUGAGGCGAUGGAGACGCUUCAAGCCGCCAAUUGGACUCAAGCACUCAAUGAGUAG